UCUUGAAGAUAUGCCUAAAGAUAAAAGAAAACCAUCACGUGAAUUUAAUAUCUGUGAAAAGUCUGUCUCCCAGAAUGGUAACCGACUUAAACAUAAGCGUAUUCAUACAGGGAAGAAACAAUAUUGCUGCAAUAUCUGUGGGAAAUCAUUCUCUGUACGUAGUAGCUUAACAUCUCACCGACGAAUUCAUACGGGAGAGAAGCCAUAUGGAUGUGAUAUCUGUGGCAAAUCAUUCUCUCAGAAUGGACACCUAACUAAACACAAGCGUACUCAUACAGGAGAGAAACCAUAUCAUUGUGAUAUGUGUGGUAAAUCAUUCUCUGGCAAUAGUGCAUUUACAUCUCACCAACGUAUACAUACAGGAGAGAAGCCAUAUCACUGUGGCAUUUGUGGUAAAUCAUUCUCUCGAUGUGAUGCUUUCAAUUCUCACAAGCGAAUUCAUACAGGAGAGAAACCAUAUUGCUGUAAUAUCUGUGGUAAAUCAUUCUCUCAAGGUAAUGACUUAACUAAGCACAAACGAAUACAUACCGGAGAGAAACCGUAUCACUGUGAUAUCUGUGGUAAAUCAUUCUCUGUGAAAGGAAGCCUAACUACACACAAACGUAUUCAUACAGGAGAGAAGCCAUAUCAUUGUAGCAUUUGUGGUAAAUCUUUCAGCAGAAAUACUUCCUUAACUUCUCACAAAGUGAUUCAUAAAGGAGAGAAGCCAUAUCAGUGUGAUAUCUGUAAUAAAUCAUUCUCUCGAUUUGAAUGCUUCACUGUACACAAGCGUUUACAUACAGGAGAAAAGCCAUAUCUGUGUAAUAUCUGUGGUAAAGCGUUCACUGCAGGUUCUAACUUAGGAAGACACAAAUGUAUUCAUACAGGAGAGAAACUAUAUCACUGUAAUAUCUGUGGUAAAUCAUUCUGUGGAAGUAAUGCCUUAAAAGUACAUAAAUGUAUUCAUACAGGAGAGAAGCCAUAUUUCUGUGAUAUCUGUGGCAAAUCAUUCUGUCAAAAUGAUGCCUUAAAAGUACAUAAGCGUAUUCAUACAGGAGAGAAGCCAUACAGUUGUGAUAUCUGUGGUAAAUCAUUUCUUCAAAAUAUUCACUUAACUAGGCACAAACGUAUUCAUACAGGAGAGAAACCAUAUUGCUGUAAUAUCUGUGGUAAAUCAUUCGCUGGAAGUAGUGCAUUAAGUGCACACAAACGUAUUCAUACAGGAGAGAAGCCAUACCAGUGUGACAUUUGUACGAAAUCAUUCUCUCAAAGUAGUAGUUUAAGAGUACACAAACGUGUUCAUACAGGAAAGAAGCCAUUUCAGUGUGAUAUUUGUAAGAAAUCAUUCUCUGACAGUAGUAGUUUAAUAACACACAAGUAUAUUCAUACAGGAGCGAAGCCAUUUGAAUGUGAUAUUUGUGAGAAGUCAUUCUCUCAAAGUAGUAAUUUAAUGACACACAAGCGUAGUCAUACGGGUGAGAAGCCAUAUCAGUGUGAUAUCUGCAGUAAAUCAUUCUCGGUAAGUUGUAGCUUAAAAUCACAUAAACGUAUUCAUACAGGAGAGAAACCUUAUCACUGUAAUAUCUGUGGUAAAUCAUUCUCUGUAAAUUGUAGCUUAACAAUACAUAAACGUAUUCAUACAGGAGAGAAGCCGUAUAAAUGUGAUAUUUGUAGCAGACCAUUUUCUCAACAUCGUGAUUUAAGUGUACACAAGCGGAUUCAUACAGGAGAGAAGCCAUAUCACUGUAAUAUCUGUGGUAAAUCAUUCGCUGGAAGUGGUGCAUUAACUACACACAAACGUAUUCAUACAGGAGAGAAGCCAUACCAGUGUGAUAUCUGCAAUAAAUCUUUCUCUCGGAAUGGCAAUUUGACUACUCACAAACGUACUCAUACAGGAGAAAAGCCAUUUCAAUGUGAUAUUUGUAAGAAGUCAUUCUCUGACAGUAGUAGUUUAAUAAUACACAAGCGUAUUCAUACAGGAGCGAAGCCAUUUGAAUGUGAUAUUUGUGAGAAGUCAUUCUCUCAAAGUACUACUUUAAUAAUGCACAAGCGUAGUCACACAGGUGAGAAGCCAUAUCAGUGUGAUAUCUGCAGUAAAUCGUUCUCCGUAAGAUGUAGCUUAACAGUGCAUAAACGUAUUCAUACAGGAGAGAGACCAUAUCAGUGCAAUAUCUGUAGUAAAUCAUUCUCUGUAAGUUGUAGCUUAACCUCACAUAAACGUAUUCAUACAGGAGUGAAGCCAUAUAAAUGUGAUAGUUGUAGCAGAUCGUUUUCUCAACUUAGUAAUUUAGAAGUACACAAACGUGUUCAUACAGGAUAGAAACCACACCACUGAUACUUGUGGUAAAUCAUUCUCCCAGCGUCAAGACUUAAGGGGUCGUAUAUGUAUCCAGAUAAAAGUGUAACUGUAUCAAUGUGGAACUUCUUAACAACAGCAAACAUUCAAGUUCCUCCCCAAGUGAGGAGGGCUUAUCUAUGUGAACUUUACCCGUGACAACAACCAAGCUGCUCAUCAUUGGCUCUCUUUCUGAAGUAGUCUUUCACAGCUAUUUGAACUUUUAAUGAUGCCAACCUU